AACCGGCAUACCCUAACCUCUCAAAAACUCUCAAACUCCAAAACGACCUCAAAACAUCAAAUCCACACCCUCUACCCCCAAACCAAGCCCACACCAACAAUGCAAAUAACCCCCGAUCCCCUAACCAAACCCCAAACCCUCGCCCUCUUAGCCUCCCACACCGCCGACCUCCGCCGGAAUAACCCCUCCGCUCGCGCCUGCUACGUCCUCGACACCGCCCGCCUGCAAACCGACCCGGCCAUCACCGUCUUCUCCGCAUGGAGCGAUCACCAACAGGCAAAAGAGCUGCUGGGCAUCGCCGCCCUGAAGGAACUGUCGCCCGUCGCCGGGGAGGUCAAGUCCAUGCGGACGGCCACAAGUCAUCAGAGGAAGGGGGUGGGGCGGGCAUUGCUACGGUUCUUGGUCGAGGAGGGGCGGCGAAGGGGGUAUGAGUGCCUGUACUUGGAGACGGGGACGCGGAGGGAGUUUGCGGGGGCGAGGGCGCUGUAUCACGGGGAGGGGUUCGAGGAUUGUGGGGCUUUUGGGGGGUAUGUUGAUGUUGAUGGGGAGAAUUGUUUUAUGAGGUUGAGGUUGUGA